AUGGCGGGACAACGCCAACGCGAGCCCGGGAUGCUACCCGAUAUCAUCUUUAGCCUUGCUAUGCUCGCCAUUAGUGUCAUCCCUCUGCACUUCUUUCUUAAACAAUUGGACCCUACGCGCGCAGAUCGAGAAGCAGCUGCGAAGAAGAAGAAGCUGAUCGCCCGAAGACUCGGGAGGCCUGACAUCGUGACGAACCAGUUCGAAGACGUCAUCGCGGGGGAUGUCGUGAACCCGGAUAGCAUUACGACGACAUUCGCGCAGAUUGGCGGACUCGAAGAAACAAAGAGAGCGCUUCAAGAGAUCGUGAUCCUUCCUUUACUGCGACCCGAGCUCUUCAAAAGCGGCAACCUUUUACGCCCAGUAAAGGGGUGUAUGCUGUACGGGCCACCCGGGACGGGGAAGACGAUGCUCGCGAAAGCUCUCGCGAAGGAGUGUGACGCGUGUUUCAUUAACGUGCGCGCAUCCACGCUUCAAAGCAAGUGGUUCGGUGACGCGAACAAGCUCGUUGCAGCAGUUUUUUCCCUUGCUUGGAAACUACAACCAUCGAUCAUCUUCAUCGACGAAGUAGACUCGUUCUUGGGGAGCCGUAAAACGAACGAGCACGAGGCGUCAACAAGUAUGAAAACAGAGUUCAUGACGAUGUGGGACGGGUUCCAGACGAACGAGCACGCGCGGGUUAUGGUACUAGCUGCGACAAAUCGCCCCUGGGAAGUGGACGACGCGAUUCUUCGAAGGCUUCCUCGGUCAUUCGAAGUGGCACUUCCAGAUAAAGUCAACAGGAUUGAAAUUUUGAAAGUUUUCUUACGCGACGAAAACGUUGAAAGCGGGUUCUUCGGGAUGAAUGAGACAUCCCCGGUAACAAAGAUUGCCGCUGCCACAGAGCGAUAUAGUGGCAGCGACCUGGAAGAACUAUGUAAAGCCGCGGCCUACGGUCCCGUCCGGGAUGUUCUUGCGGCAGAGCAAAGGGCAAGGACGGAGAGC